UCACUUUGACAUCUGCUCACUGCUGUCAUAGUUUGACAGAUAACAUUUGUUUCGCAUUUGCUUGGUGGUGCACAUUUUUGUGGUUAUCAUAUAAAAACAGUGCUUAUAAUUCGGAAACAUCAGAAUGGACAGCAAGUACCGGCGCAAUGGUCGUUUGAUCGACAUUGUGGACGAGGAGUGGCGGGCUGAGCAGCUGCCUCACGAGGACAUCCAGGUCCCGCUGGAGGAGCUGCCUGACCCUGAGGCUGACAGUGCUGACUCCCAUCUUACGCUAAAAGAACAGAGCAUGCGCUGGCAAGAGAAUUUCCCGGAGCCCGCUAGCAAUAAUCAAAACUAGGAACAAAUAAACAUAAGAGAACAAAUCCCAAAAUAUUUGAACUCACAAGCUAAAUUAUUGACCACAAGAUGUAUCAUAAUAGAAACAGAAAAAAUUGCAAAAAAGACCCAUGGAGCCCUAACUAUAUUGAAGCAGUUU